CUGCGGGCUGCGUCCCUCUGGAGCGAGCCCUGGGAGCUGCUGCCGCCUGCCUGCUCUGGGGGCUCGGUGGCAACCCGAGGCCAGGCAUGGGCCUCAUCUUCGCCAAGCUGUGGAGUCUCUUCGGCAGCCAAGAGCACAAAGUCAUCAUAGUGGGACUUGACAAUGCUGGCAAGACUACUAUUCUCUACCAGUUCCUAAUGAAUGAGGUGGUUCACACAUCUCCAACCAUAGGAAGCAAUGUGGAAGAAAUUGUGGUGAAGAACACUCACUUCUUGAUGUGGGAUAUUGGAGGGCAGGAAUCCCUGCGCUCCUCCUGGAACACCUACUACUCAAACACAGAGUUCAUCAUCCUGGUUGUGGACAGCAUCGACCGGGAGCGGCUUUCCAUCACAAAGGAGGAGCUGUACAGAAUGCUGGCUCAUGAGGACUUGCGGAAGGCUGCGGUUCUCAUCUUUGCCAACAAGCAGGACAUGAAAGGUUGCAUGACAGCUGCUGAGAUAUCCACAUACCUCACCCUCAGCUCCAUCAAGGAUCACCCCUGGCACAUUCAGUCCUGCUGUGCUUUGACAGGAGAAGGGUUGUGCCAAGGGUUGGAGUGGAUGACCUCUCGUAUUGGAGUGAGAUAGCUGCAUUGGUUUAUUGCUAUCUUUCCUUUUUUUUAUGAUCUUCCUCAAAAGAAGAGACUUCUAUUUAUCCUGUGCCCCUGUACAUUUUUGUUUCCUCCCAGCUGCUGCAAGGCAGUGACCAUGUUUAAUUUAUAUCAGCCCACACCCAAGCUGUGCUUGAAUCAAGCGUGGCUGAACUGAGACACAGAAGUAUUUUCUUACCUCUUUUUAAUACACUAAUCUCCAGCUGGAUGAACCUCUGUGAACCUGGCCUUGAGCAGUGGGAUCCCUCUGCCUGUGCAGGGGUGGCUCUGUAAGAUCUGGUUUGUCAUUGUCAGUGUUUCAUUCCUUGCCUCAGUACUUUAAAGGCCUUAGCUAACUGCAGUGAACGUGGCCUGGUUAGUAAGGGGACUGACUCGACUUGACUCUGACACAGCUUUAGGCUCUGUCAGGGUAGGCUGACUUGACUCUGGCAUAGCUUUAUCCUCUAAGGGUCAACACAGCUCCAGGUAGGCUUCCUUGGAUCAUCAGUAGAGUUCUGGCCAGCACAGGAGUUCAUGAUGAUGAAUGCCAAUUUUUAAACUUAGUGGUAGUUAAUAUUAUGGUGGCUUUUAACCUGAUGUGUAACUCAACUUCUGCCUUAAAAGAGAUCUCCUUCCU